GCCGGGAGCGGGACCAGGACCGGGAGCGGGCGGUGCUGGGGAGCAGCCCCGGGAGCGGCACCGGGAGCGGCACCGGGAGCGGGUCCCGCCGCUCUGCCCGCCCUGGGAUGAUCCCCUGGGAUGGACGGGAGUACCUUGCCAGCAGUGGCAGAAGAGCUCUUGAGAGAGAUCAGAAAGGCUUUUCAGGAGACCUCCCAGGUCCCUGAUGACCUGCUGCUGGGGCUGAAGUUCAUUUUUGGCCCAUCUGCAGUCCCAGCUCUGGAUUUGGUUGACCAGCGUUCUGUCACCCGGCUCAGGUCCCCCAGUGGAAGGAUUCUCUACCAGGUCCUUGGGAGCUCAGGCAAACUCUACACCUGCUACAGCUCCUGCCACUUCUGCACCUGCCCUGCCUUUGGGUUUUCUGUGCUGCAGAAGAGUGAGAGCCUUCUGUGCAAGCACAUCCUGGCUGUCUACCUCAGCCAGGCCCUGGGAGCCUGCCAGGAGCUGCCUGUGUCUGAGGAGCAGCUCACAAACAUCCUCCUGGCUGAGGAAGAGGAAGAAGGAUGAAGGAGGAAGAAUUUGGAUCACUCCUGGCUGUGUAACUGGCAUCUUUAGUAUCUACAAGGUUGUCAAAUGCUCAUUGAGGCUGGUAGAUUUCUUCCUGUGCUGCAGCCAAGUGUGACAUUAAUUAGCAGGCUGGCACUGAUAAAUUAAUUAGGCCUGUGUUGA